AUGAAUUCAGUACAUCAUCUUCAGUUACAAGAUGAAAACUGUUUAUUUAAUUGGACAAGUUAUUUUCCAAAUGUUACUCAACUUACUCUUAAACGUAAUCCUUUUGAAGAACAGAAAUAUAUUUCGCCAAUUAUUCUUAAUCGUCUUCUUCCUUUGGAACAAAUUACUGAACUAAACACUUAUGUUUCUCAUUGCUAUUUCAAAGGUUUAAUACAACUAAUUAUUUCCUUGCCCAAUAUUCAAAAGUUAUGUCUUAACCGACCUGGAUUUGAUAAAACAGAUGUGAACUUACUAAAAUCAGAUGAGACUUUCCAUGUGAUGUCUAUUACAAACAAAAUAAAAUAUGUCACAAUUGCAAUACAGCAGUGUUCGUUUGAAGAUAUGAAAUUACUGGUGAAUCUUUUCCCACAACUAGAGCAUCUGACCAUAUGUAUGGCUAAAGGAUGUUUGGUAGAAAUUGUGCAAUAUUUAUUAUCAAAAAAUAAUGAUAAAACCCCUUAUUUACAUUCAUUAUGGACCGAAAGUUUUGAUUUAUCUUCAUCUAAAAAGAUAAUGAGUCUAAUUCAAUCACAAAAUAUACCCAUUGAUUGUGUGACGGAUAACAGUCGCAACAUUCGCUUAUGGUGGUAAUGGAAAUCAGACACAAGCAGGAUUGCCAGAUCGUCCGAAUUAGUCGGAAUUUUCCGAAUUUCCUAAGUUUUUCCGAUUGCCUUCCGACUUUCCGAAUUUAUCCGAAUUCUUGAAUUUUUUCCGAUUCUUUUCGAAUUGUAAUAUUUUUUUUUAAUUUCCCUUCCAUUAUAAUUUUCCAUAUAAUUUUUGAUAGAUUUCAUAUGGCGCUAUGUUUAUUUUCUUAUAAUCAUUGGAUAAUUGAUUUUAUUCUUAAAAAAUAGGA